GGGCAAAAAAGUGUCUCCGAGCGGAUCCGGGUAGGAGAUCUCGGCGGACAGCCUUCCUCCGCCUCGUCGGCCGUGGCCUGUUUGCAUUUCCUCGCCUGCCCCGCUCGCUCCUCCGCCCGUCCUCCCCAUCCAGCAUGAAAGCUAUCAGCCCGGUGCGGUCCGUCAGGAGCUGCUACGAAGCCGUGUGCUGCGUCUCGGAUCAGAGCCUCGCCAUCGCCCGGGGCAGCAGUAACAAGAGCCCCGCUCUGGAGGAACCGAUGAGCAUUCUCUACGACAUGAACGAUUGCUACUCCAAGCUGCGUGAGUUGGUGCCGGGCAUUCCGCAAGGCAGUAAAGUCAGCCAGGUGGAAAUCUUGCAACACGUCAUCGAUUACAUCUUCGAUCUCCAGAUCGUGCUAGAGGAGCAGGCGAAGAAGGGGCAGGAUCCCUCGACCGAGGCUUCUCUGCUCUCCUUAAAAGCAGCUGAACUUGCAUCGGAACUCUGCUCAAAGGAGGAAAGAACCCUUUGCCACCACUAAAGGCUUAACAGGCUGCAGGUGUGGGAUCCUGACACUGGGUUCUCUCCAGCGAAA